AGGUGCAGGACCUGACAGAAACACACCCUGUUUAGAUCACAGCUUAGAGUAGUUUCAGUUCUCAGGAAGUGAAACUCAGACAGGAGUUGUCUCUGAGAGCAGAAAUGGCGCAGCAAGGAGUUCAGCUGGACCGGGAAACUUUCUCUUGUUCGAUCUGUCUGGAUCUCCUGAAGGAUCCGGUGACUAUUCCCUGUGGACACAGCUACUGCAUGAACUGUAUUAAACGCCAUUGGGGUAAAGAGGACAAGAAGAAAAUCUACAGCUGUCCUCAGUGCAGGAAGAUCUUUCGACAGAGGCCUGUCCUGGUGAAAAACACCAUGUUAGCAGAUUUAGUGGAGGAGCUGAAGAAGACUGGACUCCAGGCUGCUCCUGCUGAUCACUGCUAUGCUGGACCUGAAGAUGUGGCCUGUGAUGUCUGCACUGGGAGAAAACUGAAAGCAGUCAAGUCCUGUCUGGUGUGUCUGGUCUCUUACUGCAAGAAACACCUUCAGACUCAUUAUGACUGUGCUGCGUUUGAGAAACACAAGCUGGUGGAGCCCUCCAAGAAUCUCCAGGAGAACAUCUGCUCUCGUCAUGAUGAGGUGAUGAAGAUGUUCUGCCGUACUGAUCAGCAGUGUAUCUGUUAUCUCUGCUCUGUGGAUGAACAUCAAGGCCACGACACAGUCUCAGCUGCAGCAGAAAGGACUGAGAGGCAGAAAGAGCUCGAGGGGAGUCGAGGACACAUCCAGCAGAGAAUCCAGGACAGAGAGAAAGAAGUGAAGCUGCUUCAACGGGAGGUGGAGGCUAUCAAUCGCUCGGCUAAUAAAGUAGUGAAGGACAGCAAGAAGAUCUUCACUGAGCUGAUCCGUCUCAUGGAGAAAAGACGCUCUGAUGUGGAGCAGAUGGUCCGAGUUCAACAGAAAAGUGAAGUGAGUCGAGUCAAAGAGCUCCAGGAGAAGCUGGAGCAGGAGAUCACAGAGCUGAAGAGGAAAGAAGCUGAGAAAAAGAAGCUCUCAGACACAGAGGAUCACAACCAGUUUCUCCACAACUACUCCUCACUGUCACCACUCAGUGGAUCUACAGACCCCCCCAGCAUAGAUCUCCGUCCUCUGCGCUACUUUGAGGAUGUGACAGCAGCCGUGUCAGAAGCCAGAGAUAAUCUACAGGAGCUUCUAAAUGAGAAAUGGACAAACAUCUCACUGACUGUGACUGAAGUGGAUGUUUUACUGCCACAACCAGAGCCCAAGACCAGAGAGGACUUCCUUAAAUAUUCAUGUGAACUCACACUGGAUCCAAACACAGCAGACACACUGCUGUUAUUAUCUGAGGGGAACAGAAGAGCAACAGUAAUGGAAGAAGAACAGUCUUAUUUUUGGCACCCAGACAGAUUCAGGGACUGGUGUCAGGUCCUGAGUAAAGAAAGUCUAACCAGACGUUGUUACUGGGAGGUGGAGUGGAGAAGGAAUACAGUUACUGUAGCAGUCGCAUACAAGAACAUCAGCAGAAGAGCUGCAUUUGGAGAUAAUGAUAAAUCUUGGGCGUUAAAUUGCAACAAAAAGGGUUCUGCUUUUUGCAACAAAGUCUGGACUACCACCUCAGAUUAUCUGUCUUCCAGACUAGGAGUGUACCUGGAUCACAGCGCAGGUACUCUGUCCUUCUACAGCGUCUCUGAUGACACCAUGACCCUCCUCCACAGAGUCCAGACCACGUUCACCCAGCCCUCUACGCUGGAGUUGGGUUUUUAGUUUAUGGAGACACUGCAGAGUUCUGUAAACUGAAAAAUACAUAAAUUACUCUUUUUUAACUCUAGUGUAUAUGUGUCUCCAUGUUUGUUGCUGAGAGCUGGUUGUUGGGGCAUUUCUUCACUGCAGAGAUCAGCUGUCAAUCAAACAUUAUGGGAUGUCCUUUCACGUCUUCUCUUUAGUUGCUGUGUAAAUGUUUGAGCUCCUUCCUGUGUCUGUUUAAUCAUGAAGGCCAUCACUGAUGCUCAUGAUGAUGUGUGUUGACCUGAACUGAACAUUUUAACUUCUUUGUGCUCUAAA